AUGGCAGUUAAAAGAACAAUACAUCUAUGGGGUUAUGAUAAUGUACCUAGUCUGAUUUCACCAGAAAGUAUUGCACUAUUUUGGUUUUUAAAUACUAAACUUAACGAUGAAACUCUAAAUGAUAUUGAAAUUGUGUUCUCGAACAACGUUGGAAUGUCUGCUACUGGGAAAUUACCAAUUUUAAUACAAGAUGAAUUAGAAGUUUUUGGGUUUGCCAAUAUCACUAAUUAUUUAAUUAAACUAAAUAGUACUGAUGGCAAGAACGGUGAUGAGGGUGAAUCUUUGUUAGAAACCGCAUUGUUUGCGUUUUUGGAGAAUAAAAUAAAUAUAUUGGUGGAUUAUCAAUUAUAUUUGGAUAAAAAGAACUAUGACUCUUUUACUAGGAAACAAUUCCCAAAACUAAUGUAUUGGCCAAUGUGGAAUUACACUCCAUCAUUGAAAAGAUCUGAAGUACGAUCUAAUUUCGAAAAUGUAAUAGGUUAUUUGCCACAUAGUGACGAUAAGGAUUAUUUAGAUGAAAAAGAUGAUCUUGAAGAUGUUGCAGCUGAUAUGGCACAAUCUAAAACAUUUAAGAUUAAAAACAAGUUAAAACAACGUAAAAGGGAAGAAUUAAAGGCAAUUGGAUAUAAUCUUCAAUUUAACAAUCGUUUGGUAGAAUUAUUAAAAAUGUGGGAUACAGUAAGAGGGAACCUAAAUACUGAAAUUGAAAUAACUUCAGAUUUACUAUUUUGGGCAAACAUGUAUAUACUAUUUAACUUGCCGACUGGUAAUAAUAUUAAAACGCAUAUUACUAAAUCAUUAGGCGAGAGUUAUAUUGACAUGUUAAAUGACAAGAUUAGUCUGGUGAGUACUAAAUCUAAUUACAAAGUCACUAUAAGAGAUCCAAAUUUCAACGAACAAGGCAAUAUUAUCAUGACCCUAUAUAAUUUCAGUAAAUAUUACAUUUAA